AUGUUUAUUAUAUUGUUAUUUUUAAUACAUUAUUCUCAACAGGAAUAAAUUAUCAUCUACUAUCCACAAUUUUGUGGUCAAUACAGAUACACUUUUAUUAAAGUAGCCAAUGAAUUCAACUUAUCAAUCCUCAACAUCCCAUCAGAAGAAUAAUCAAUCAUUUUACUUAAUAAUUCUAACUCUAUUAUUUAAUAUCAAUGGGAUGUAUUUGAAUUAGAUAUCAAGUAUUGGCUAACCAUUUAUUUCCAUCAAAAAUUCCCAAACCUCAAUAUGCCUAUCGUUUAACUCAACUAAAUCUAAGAGAAUUUACUCAUUUUCUAUGGACUCAACUAAUCGUACUAUAAUUACCUCCUUCAUCUGACUUAUGACUACCCAUUAUAUAUGAUUUACUACGCAAACCCUUAGAAUCAUAAGAUAUUUUAAGAAUUCUUUAUUUAAAACUACUCAAUUGAUUAGGACUACCUUAUCAUCAGAAGGAAAUAAGAUAGUUACGAUCAUUAUUUGCUCAUUUUAAGUUUAGACUAAAUUAGACCCUUCCUGGAAAAAUACUCUCAUCCUUACUAACAAUAAUACUUUACAAUGAAACAUAUUGCAUAUCUAAAAUAAAAUCAAAACCAAAGGGCAUUUCUCUACAUUUCUUUUAAUCUUUAUCAAUUUAAAGAAAACAAACUAAUCAUCUAAAAGCAAUCUGAUAUUAAUAGAUAAUCGAAUCAAAAUAGAAAUGUUGUAUUCAUCAUUACUGAACCAAUCUUCAUGGCUAAAAUACUGCUAUAACGUUUUUUGUAUAAAAACAUUAAAGAUGGGCCUUUCCUAGUUUAUUUAGAAUUUAAUCAGUUCAAAUUCAACAUCUUUAACAAAGAAUGGAAUUAUUAUUAAGUAUCUUAAUGGAUGCAGCAAUACAUAAGAAAUGAGUUUCAAUCUCAGCUAUUCACUUUAAAUCCAUAUUUACAAUAAAUACCAUUCUUAACUUUAAGUUAAUAGAAAGUCUAAACAGAAAUCUAAAAUAAGUUGCAUAGUAUCGCAAUACUAGAUCUUCUUUUAUAAAAACCACUACAAUAAAAUAUCAUAUUAAUAAGGCUAAUCCCUUACUGCUAUAAAAGCUUCAAACUUUUUUCGAUAUUAUCUAAAUUCAGAAACGAUAACUUAAUUAUUUUAUACAGUAUAAACUAACUAAUUUAUGAUGAAUUCGAAAUGCUCAUGAUCACAAAGAAUCAAACACUAAUUAUAGAUAAUAUCUAUGAUAAUUAAUUGAUUCAAACAUUGAAAUAAUACAUUUAAGAAUAAAUUAUAUUGUGA